AAAAAAAAAUUAAGUCAAUAUGAGCGAAGAGAAUAUAAAAAUAGCCCCCGGAGAAAAUUGGGAAGAGGCUGCAGAAACUGAAGCUCUUCCACAAACUUUUUCAAAAAUGGGUUUAAAUGCUAAUGCUCCCGUCUUUAAACCGAACGUAAAUGCAAAAGAAUUUGUUCCCAGUUGGCUUCAAAAUGCUACAGAAACAACUUCAGCGCCGGCGCCAGCUCCUGCACCAGCACCAGCACCAGCACCAGCUUCAGCUCCAGCUCCUGCCGAAGCACCAACUCCCACUGAAGCUCAGGCUCCCGCUGAAGCACCAGCACCGAAUGAUGAUAAAAAAUCGAUUUCUGUAGCUGCGUAUCAAGCCGAAGACGAGGCUGUAGACAGUGAGGUUAUUGAAGAUUUAUAUGGAAAAGAACAUAUUAAUUUGGUAUUCAUCGGUCAUGUAGAUGCCGGUAAAUCCACUAUGGGUGGCAAUAUCCUGUUUUUGACAGGAAUGAUUGAUCAGAGAACUAUGGAUAAAUACGAAAAAGAAGCUAAAGAACAAAGUCGUGAGUCAUGGUAUUUAUCAUGGGCACUUGACACAAACAAGGAAGAGCGCGCAAAGGGAAAAACAGUUGAAUGUGGUCGUGCUUAUUUUGAAACAGAUAAGCGCCGAUACACUAUUUUAGAUGCUCCAGGCCAUAAAAACUAUGUACCCAGUAUGAUUGGUGGUGCCUCUCAGGCGGACGUCGGAAUAUUGGUCAUAUCAGCUAGAAAAGGCGAGUUUGAAACAGGAUUUGAGAGAGGUGGUCAAACACGUGAACAUGCUGUUUUAGCAAAAACUUCAGGCGUCAGCAAAUUGAUAGUUGCAAUUAAUAAAAUGGAUGAUCCUACAGUGACUUGGUCCAAGGAGAGAUAUGAUGAGUGCGUUAAUAAAUUGACCCCAUUUUUGAAGGGAAGCGGCUUCAAUCCUGCUACAGACCUUGAAUUUAUGCCAGUAUCUGGCUUUACCGGUUUGAAUUUGAAAGAUCGAGUCUCAAAAGAUGUUUGUAAUUGGUACAAUGGUCCUUCGAUAUUGGAAUAUCUGGAUAACAUGCAGGCGUUAGACAGAAAAAUUAAUUCCCCAUUAAUGGUGCCAAUUAUAGAGAAAUAUAAAGAUAUGGGCACUAUUGUAGUGGGAAAAGUAGAAUCCGGAAAAGUUACUAAAGGUCAAAGUGUAAUGGUUAUGCCAAACAAGCGUACCGUUGAAAUAUCUGCAAUUUACAAUGAGCUCGAAGACGAAGUAUCCACCGGUUAUUGUGGUGAUAACGUUCGGUUACGACUUAAGGGUAUCGAAGAAGAGGAAUGUUCCACUGGUUUUGUUGUAUGUGAUGUUAAAAAACCGGUAAAGACAACUACUACCUUUGAAGCGCAACUUGCCAUUUUAGAACAUAAGAAUAUUAUUUGUGCUGGAUACAGUGCAAUUCUGCACAUACACUCAUGUGUUGAAGAAAUAUCUGUUUCCGCUCUUUUACAUGUGCUUGAGAAAAAGACAGGAAAGAGAUCAAAGAAAGCACCACAAUUUGUUAAGAAAGGACAAAAAGUAAUCGCACGACUUGAAACUCCAGGACCGAUCUGCGUGGAAACAUUCGAGGAUUACCCUCAAUUAGGCAGAUUUACUCUUCGAGAUGAAGGAAAAACAAUCGCUAUUGGGAAAGUUACUAAAGUUAUCGAAAAUCAAUGAAUUAAUUUUAAGGGAAUUUAAUAGAAUUAAAAUAUAAAAAAAGAAAAAAAUAAUUUUCCUCAUUGAGAUGCAAUGAUAUUCAUUUUAAUUGUAAUUUUUAGUCAUGAUUGGAAUAAAUUAAAAUGUUAGUAAUGAAAUAUUAUUAUAUUAGGAAUGUGUUAACAUAUAUUGUGGCAAAUAUGCCCAUCAUAAGUUGGUUAAAUUUCAGAUAUGUUUUUAUGGAAACAAUAAAUAUAUUUUAUAUUCGUUGGAAAUUAUGUU